AUGCUCUCAUCAUUCACAACCAAGCUCGCCCUCAAAAAGGCAGGUAUACCAAGCGAUGUCUUCGACUUUUCAGAAAAGAAGCGCGAGCCAAACAAGCUGCGCAAAAAUCCACCAGCAGAUCUCGAUAAUGAAACUGAAUCAGGCUGGACGUCUUGGAUGUCUGUUCGGUCUCUCCCGCUUACUGUUCAGCCGUGGUUGACGCCUCCGCCUGCUGCUGUUGCUAAGGGUAGACUCCCGGGGAUAGGAGAUAAAGCGCCUGUUGAUAAGACGGGGAAGUUAAGGGUUGGCGGGGGGAAGAGAGUCCUGCUUGUGUUUUUACGCUGUGUUGGUUGUGCUUUUGCUCAAAAGACAUUUAUUAAUCUUCGUACAAUGGCGAAUCGAUACGGCGAUGCAUUGACAUGCAUAGCCGUAUCCCACGCCUCAGAGCAAGCAACUCAAAAAUGGGUAUCCCUCCUCGGCGGCGCCUGGAGUGUUCGCGUCAUAGUCGAUGAGGAGAGGGCUAUCUACGCAGCAUGGGGUUUAGGAACGAGUAGUAUGUGGUAUGUACUCAAUCCAACGACACAAGUUCAAGGAUGGAAAGAGUCGGGAUGGUUGGGAGAAAAAGUGGCUGGAGCGAUACAAAGAAAGGAGACGAGUGAGAAGAAACCAGUGAAUACGAAUAAUGCGGACGAUGAAGAAGAUGGUGGGCCUUUGACGACGAUGGGGAAUAAGUGGCAAGAAGCUGGUGCUUUUGCUGUUGAUGGGACUGGGACAGUGAUUUGGGGCGGGAAAGCGGCGAGAGCAGAUGAUGUUAUGGAGUUGGAAGAUGGAGCAAGGAUCCUGUUAGCCUGA